AUGGACUCCCUGUGCCCUCCUGAGAGCAUUUAUAACCUCAUACCCGCUGACACGAAGGUUCCUGCCAAGCCUUCGAGGUAUGUAUCAAUAUUUAAGACAGCUGUGAAAAAUGACUUACAGAAAGGUAAAACUGCGUGCAAAACCAUGGGGCCAGCGAAAAUUGAGUUACCUUCCCCAAAAGAGUUUCUCCAGAAACAUUCAAAGGUACCAAAACUGCCACCCAGUGACAUAAAGCCCGAUAAGCCUCAACGAAAAAAACCUCCUGUGCCAUCAAGGAAUGAUCAUCCAAUUAUGGGAAUUCAGAGUGGAAAAAACUUCAUAAACACAAAUGCAGCUGAUGUCAUCAUGGGGGUAGCCAAGAAGCCUAAAGCUCUUUAUGUUGACAAAAGGACUGGAGAUAGACAUGGCCUGGAAUAUUCAGGACUUAUUCCAAAGUACAUCAAUAAAAAGGAUUAUGGCAUUACUCCCCAAUAUAUAUGUAAGCGAAACGAGGAAGUUAAAAAAGUGCAAGAAGAAUAUGACAACUACGUCCAGGAGAACCUUAAGAGGGCAGCCAUGAAGCGUCUCUCAGAUGAAGAGAGGGACUCAGUUCUUCAAGGUCUGAAAAAGAACUGGGAAGAAGUACAUAAGGAAUUCCAGUCUCUUUCUGUAUUUAUUGACUCCCUACCAAAGAGGAUUCGCAAGCAAAGACUAGAAGCAGAAAUGAAACAACUGGAACAUGACAUUGGUGUAAUUGAAAAGCAUAAAGUCAUCUAUAUUGCUAAUAAGUAG